GUUAUUGGGCAAGUAAUUGGCUUCACUCUCAACACAUCGAUCUGCUUCCAUCGCAAAAAAAAAUGAGAAAGGUUUACCCAAACGCACCACCCACACCCAUAGCCUCCCCAGGCAAUGAGGAGGACCCGUUGGUUCUCACUGUCUGGAAUAAGUCUCUCCUGUUCAACUGCAAUGGUUACACCGUCUUCGACUCCAAGGGAAACCUCGUUUUUAGGGUCGAUAACUACAUGUCUGGUUCAGGCACUAAGGCAGAGAUACUACUCAUGGACGCAGCUGGCGAGCCCCUCCUCACCAUUCGCCACAAGAGGUUGAGUCUGGGAGAUAACUGGAUGGUGUACGACGGGGAGAAGGCGGCGAAUCCAAGAUUUUCGGCUAAGAAGAAUGUGAAUAUUCUAAACAGCAAGUGUUUGGCAUAUGUGAGGUCCAGGGCGAAAGUGAUGUACCAGAUAGAGGGAUCCUACGUGCAGAGAAGCUGCGUGGUUUACGAUGAGAGGAGGAGGAAGGUGGCGGAGAUAAAGCAAAAAGAGGCGGUGAAGGGUGUGGGGUUUGGUGGAGACGUGUUCCGCCUUAUUGUUAAUCAGCCCGGAAUAGAAACAGCGGAGGCCAUGGCUCUCGUCAUCCUCCUUGACCAGAUGUUUGGAUCUUCUAGACGAUUCUCCUAACUUAUAAAAUUUUCAACAUAUAAUCAAAUACUUCUAGUUCAAGUUAAUUUAUCAAAUUAGAGGAUCAUUUUGUUCAUGGAAAUUUUGUUCUUACUUGA